AUGUCCGCCCUCACUAAUAAGUUCCUCACCCUCAUCCCUGCCGCUCACCGCGUCCAUGUGACCUCUCCCAUCACCGUCGAGAAUGCCACCAGCGACGAAGCAGUAGUCCCUGUACUUCAAAAGACCCGACGAUCCAGCUCCAGCGCCUCUGCCGAAUCCAACUCGGCCGCUGAAGAACCUGCUCUGCCAACCGACAUUGUUGAAUCUCCUGUCGAGUCAGUCAAGCGCACACAAACCGAGCAAGUCGUCACCCACCAGUUUUUGAGGUUGGGUAACUAG